GUGAAUGCUGUUUGACUGCUCCCCCCUAUCAGAUAUAUUGGUGUGUAUGUGAGAUUUUUUUAUUUGUUGCUUCUGGUUUGUAGUUCCUGUGCAGAUGAGGUUACGUCAUGGCUCAUGCCAUUGUGUAUGAUUGUAGCUGUCUGUGCAACAGCUGUUGAAAUGCAGCACAUCUGUUUGCAUCAUUUUGGACAAAAAACCAACAUGCAGUAAGAUCAUUUCCUAGCUAUGCACACUGUUUGACGACUAUGAGUAACGCUUUUAUUCAGAGGUCGGGCUUAACCCUACUGUUGCGGUGGAGAUGUGAUGACACCGAAAGUGUUACAUUUUGCCUUUAGGCCUACAGUGUAACCAGGUCCCCACACACACCCCAGCCUUGCUUGUCCAACAGUCAUUGGGCCGCCAGAGUAACAUCCCCCUCAGAGCUGCUCUUUGUGAAUGAUGGUAAAAGGAGGUCCGUGCUGUGCAGCCAACCGUGACUAGUGCUAUGCAUCACUUGCUGUUGCUCUGGAAUGUGUACGAUGAAGUGCACAGAGAGAGGAGGGAGAGGGAGAGAGAAAGAUAGAGACAGAUACAGAGAAAAUAUCCCCUACUUACUAAGCCUGGCCCCCUUCUGCCUUAGUAGGUGCCCAUAUGAGUUGGCGUCACCACAAAAUUGUUACACAAAGUCGAAGGGACUUGCCUCUGCUAUUUGACAGACAACACAGCAAGCUUGUAGGAUUUGCCCAAUGAUUGCUGAAUUUAAACACAUGCAAAUCCUUAAUGGUUCAACAUAUACAGUUACAAUAUAUAGUUCCUCAGAUAACAAUAUAGGUUUACGUAUAGUCAUGUAACCCUCGCUAAAACAUAACACACACACCCAUGCACAUACACACACACACAGACAUUCAAACACACACAUGUUCAGUAUCUCCAAGUCAUUAUGUGUUCUGAGGUUUCAAGCAGAUUUUCUGACAUUCACUGUUUCGUCAUCCAUUGUAAGCAGCUACACUAUUGUUAUACACUCAAACAAAACAAACCCAAGUAUCUUUGAUGACUGAAUACUGAGUGAAUUCUGAUAUCUGUUACUGUGUGUUCUAGACCCUUAGUGUGAAACACUGUACAUGACUUUACUGUGUAAAUACAGUAAGAGAGUGAAAAAGUAGUGUUAGUGCCCGUGGGUUCGUGCAUCAGUUAAUUCAAAGCAGCCACUGCUGCACCAGCGUGUCUGAACAUUUCGUCUCAGGAGAUGGCAAGGGUAGAAAUGGGGCAGGAAUGUAAUUGAAUGUUUUAGUUGAGGGUACUUACCUUUAACACGAUAUGUUAAAUACACAUAAAAAUGGAUCCAAAUCUUUUUAGAAGUAUCAUGGUUUUGUACAGCUUGGCUAAUAUAAUGAUUGUCUAACAAAUACUGUAGAUUGACCUCACUGUAGAUAUCAUACGUCAGUGCCUUUUUUUUGGAGAUUCACCACCACCUCAUGACGUCAUCGUCUGCUAUGCCUGGGUUGUGUUUGCAAAAUAGCAUUGGAAAAAUACUCUUCAUUUAUUACUGGUUCCUACGAAUAUAAUGAGAGUCCUAUUUGCAUACCUGUGCUGCUGUCUGAAAGUCUAGCAAGUAAGAACAAUGGUGUUCCUCACCAGGUUUUGCAUCAGCCUGCAUGUUUUUCCACUGGCUAUGCCUUAUUAACUGGUGGCCACUGACGUUUUUGCAUAUUUGCACAGGCUCCCCAGUUACAGUGUCACACAGGGACAUCAGAAGUGUAUGGCGAACUGUCAGUUCAGGAAUGCCCACGGUGUCUCGAUGGCCGUAGUUUUGAGUAAGAGGAGAAGUAUAAUGGUGGACAACAGAGCAAUGCAUGUCCAGCCGCAAAGUGGAAGUGGAAGUGAGAUGAGAAAACGGCAGCAGCCACACAUUGAAGGACCCCCCCAGGCUCCCGGCCCCCCCAGGCCCAACACCUGCUGCUUGUGCUGGUGCGGUUGCUGCAAAUGCCUCUGGAAUGACGACAGAGUGGAACGCCCUGAAAGGCCAAAAAUGGACAGCAUAGAAGAAACAGAAGAGCAGCCUCCCACACUGGAGGAGGUGGUCUCCUGGGCACGCAGCUUCGAGCAGGUGAUGCGUUCCGUGGAAGGCCGGAACAUUUUCCAGGAAUUCCUGCGCUCGGAGUACAGCGAGGAGAACCUGCUGUUCUGGAUCGCCUGUGAAGAGCUGAAGAAGGAGACCGACCCCACGGCCAUCGACGAGAAAGCCAGGAUCAUCUAUGAGGACUACGUCUCCAUUCUUUCGCCAAAAGAGGUGAGCCUGGACUCUCGAGUGAGGGAGGGCAUCAACCUGAGCCUGUCCGAGCCCAGCCAGCUGAUGUACGAGGAGGCCCAGCUGCAGAUCUACACUCUGAUGCACCGGGACUCCUUCCCUCGCUUCCUCAACUCCACCUUUUACCGGGACCUUCUCGAGAACAGGAGAGCCUCCUGCCUUGACACCUAAAAGGCCCCUCCCUCCCCCCCUCCCUCGCCACAGAGCGCAGCCCGUCACCGUAACUUUUUACGAAUACGACACAAACAAAAAACAAAAACGAACCCACGCAAAACACAAGGUGCCACAACGGGGGAAAAGGUGUGUGACGUUUUUAAGCUAAGCAAUCUUUUGUGCGACUCACUAGCGCUCAGUUCCUGCUCAAGUGCCCAGCGGAGCUCCUCAGGCAACUGUGACGUUGAGGGACGAGAUGAAACAAACGAUAAACGACAGACACUCUUGCUUCCUGUACUGUACUUUCUGAAGGAACCUUGCUCUUCAUUCCUCGUUCACUAAUCUCUUUCUCUUUCUCUGCCUGUCUCUCUCUUUCUCUUUUCUUUCCUGCCUGGCACUAUCUGUCUCCCUCUCCGUCUUUUGCUUCUGCCAUCCUCUCGUUCUGUCGUUCCCUUCUUCAUUUCUCUUCCUUCUAACACCCUCAUGAUGUCUCAUAAUUUAAGGCAGAUUUUAAUGUCAGUGCCCAUUUUCGGUAGGAAUGUGGAGCUUGACCACACAGAUCAAGAAAAAAAAAAGCACCCUUUUUGCAUGAAACAAACAAAAAAAAGUAUUCUAACUUGACGUUUAAGGGGUGGACUUUUUUUGGAGAGGACCUUUUCAUUUGUUGUCAUGGUGACAGGCCCUGCCAAGCUCUUGAGGUACAUGGUGGGAACUUAGAUUUUAUUGCCAACUGUCAUUUUUGAAAGGAUAUAGGACAGAGUAGAAACCAUCGUGACUGCGUCACUUUUCCGUCUCUGGCAGAGUUAUGUUAAGUUAGGGAGAGAAAGAAAACAGCAAACAAAAAAAAACAACAGCAAGGGCUAGAAUUGAGGCCGGGCAGCUAAACCGAAUCACCGAUGUUAUUAACCACUGCAAAAAUCACAUUGCCUAUUUUUUUAAAUGGGCAGAAGAAAUAGCUGCUGAAGUUGGUACCAAACUUGAGUUUGUUACGCACAUCCAUCCUGUCCUUCCCAGAUGGUUGUAAAGAAAGAUGGUAUGAAAGAGAGAAAGAGAGAGAGAGAGAGAGAGAGAGUUAGAGGUACAUAGGUGCUGGUAGUGAGGUGUCAUUCUAGCUAGAGCAAAUAAGGGGAGCCUUUUUAACAUUGAAAAUAAAUUCCCCCAUCUAUUUGUCAGACUACUUGAGCAUUAGAGAAUUGUUUCUAGCAGAUAAACAAUGGUUUAUUUUUUCAUGUGCAUACUGUAUGUGUGUUUUAGCAUAUCAUUUAAAGAGGAGUGAUCCUGAUGCCUUGUUUUAGGAGGUAGCUGUACAGUACUUAUUUGCUUUAGCACUGCAAAGCUGUCUGCAUACAGUGGGUAUUGCAUUGAUGAGAACGUGAACUCUAUUCUUUAAAGAAUAUGUUUCGUUUGUUUAUUGAGAGAGAGAAACAAAUCAAAAAUCAAACCAUAAAGUGGAAUCAGAUAAUGUUUUGGGUUUUAAGUUCAGGAUUGUUUUGACAGUGAAGGUUUUCUCCAGGCUGUUGCAUUGCAGAUGUGUUGUCACAAGACACUAGGGACAGCAGUCUUAAGCUUUUGAAACUCAGAAAUGAAAAGAUACAAUGCUGUAAUAGAAAGAGAGAGGGAGAAUGCAGCUGUUUAUUCUUUCUCCAGAUGUUGCCAAUAUUAUCCUCCACAUUUAGUGUGAUGUGGAGACUGUAUUACCCCCCACGGAAUCUACCAAGCAAAUGGAAGUAACGUCUCCGUCACUAUUUUCUUGUGAGUGCAGUCUAGGUUAGGGCUACUCAGACCUACUCCACUCUGCCUGGGUUUUCUGUGGUUCUCAGUUUGACUGUGUAAUGCAUUCAACCAUGAAUUGUGAAUUGAUAUUGAUUGCUGAGACUUUGGUCACACCUGACAUACAGGUAAAGGGAGUGUGCAAAUGUGACAGUCCUCACACCUCGAGGGCUGGGAUCUGAUUAACGGGUUUAAAGGUGCGAUGCUAUCUGGUUUUUAAUCAAGUUGUCCAUUUCGCAAACCAAGUUCAUGAGUGCUCUUUUUUGAAGAAGAUGAAUCCUUUUUUUUCUCCUGAGUGCAAUGUCGCAGAACCUCGUCUUUUGGCUUGUUCGAAUUGAAUUGGUGCAAUCAGACGACUUCAGCAUGCACCAGUCCUUCUUGAGGACAAGGAAAGGCCAACCAACUCACUUACCUUAAAAGAUUCAUGUGCCAAGAGCAAGUUGCCAGUGAGCCAGUGAAUUGUAAUCAUGUUUUUUAAAUAGCUUUGAUGGUUACUUAAGUGCAACUGGAUUCUAUUAUAGAUUUCAUGCUUUUAAAAUGAAUCUAUAAAAUGUACUGUAGCUUUUCGCAUUAUAUUGUCAUUCAUUAUGUAGUACAGACUCUGGCCCAUGGGCAUUGGUCGCGUAAUGCACAUAAAUGGAAAUGCAUGCGUCAUAUUCGUAAACCUUUACAACAUAUGUAGCUCUUUCUGCAGCAGUUAACAGUAACAAACGAUUUGCUGGAGACAAAAAAAAUGAUACAUAGAUUUUGUCAAUCUGUUGGUUUUUAGGUUCUUAAAUGUAGACGAGACAGCUUCAUGGUGUCAUUGAGCAAUGCGGUCACCUGAUGGGCAAUCAUUCUGGAGUGGCAGGUGAAGCCUGUUACUUUUGAGCCAUGUGUUAAUUGCAGAGGAGCCUUCUUUUGCCGGAAUGUUCCGUCGCAAUUUUCUCGAAGGUGUGGGUCAAGGGGUAGAUGUGCUGUCUGUUUCUCCGGGUGCAUGAGCAUUUCCUGUUUCUCUGCCAGACCUGGGAAGCAUUAACCAUUUAACUUUCGCUUCUGGUGGAGAGAUUGUCCUUCUUUUCUUUUCACAAGACCCCGUUUUUAAGACAAAUGCUUAAUGGGGCAACGUCAAAGUCACACCACAUCUUCUUGUUUUCUGGAUCACUGAUUGAUUUGAUUUGAUCUUGUUUUAUUCUUAUUUUUAGAUGUUCUGUCCUGAGAGUGAAGCUCCACAAUGGUUAGGCAGGGUGCCCUGCCCCCCCCCCCCCCCACACACACACCUCCUCCCCAAACCAACCAAGAGUAAGACCUUGAACUGAAAUAUCAUAUCCUGCAUGACCAGAGGAGCAUUGGCCUUAUCUGAGUUGUUUCUCUCUUUGAAGAGUCUCAUUAGGUUUCACUACCUCUCUCAUGUUCAUUAACUUAUUUCACAUCCAGUGGUCGAUGUACAAUUUUUAUUCUAUUUUGAACUACUUGAAGCCUAACACUGUAAUUAAAAUGUGCACAGAAGAAAUAUAUUAUGUACUGAGGGUCAAUGAAGAGUAGCUGAUUUUUUUUCAUUGUUGUUGUUGAUAUUGUUGUUUUUGUUUCUGUUUCGUUUGUCAAUUGUAUAUUCAGCUGAAAUACAUUUUUAGACAAAUAAUUCAGGAAAUACACUGUUAAAGGGCUAAUCUCAUUUUGCCUAUGCAAAUAUGUCAACAGUUGAAAAGGAUUGAAUAGUGUAUUGUGUGAGACCUUUUCAACAAUAUUUGGAUGGAACAAGGUUUACAUUGCCCUUUGCUGAUAUUCUUCAAUCUUGUUCAGCAAACAACUUUUUUUUUUUCUUAUUAUGUUUCUAUAUACAUAUAACAAAUAAUAUAUAUAAAAGAGAAAAUAGUAUAUGCCUUCGUGAUGAAAAAAAUAAGAUUUAAAUAAAUAUGUGUUGUCUGAA